AGCCUGAGUCUCGAGUCUGGAGUCGCGUCGAUCGCAGUUCGAAAUCAAAUCGCGGGAAAUUCGCAAUAAAACAGCCAUGGUCAAGACAUCCGCCAGCCUGGGAAAUAGCAUCUUGCUAGGUGUUCUACUAGUAUUCCUAGUACUCGGAACUCUCACCGAGGCGGCACCCUAUCAGGAGUUGGAGCCCCGCAAAGGUCAUGUGCCCGUCUAUAUACGACAUGGCGAUGAGCCCCUGAGUGAAAUCCAUCCAGGACUGGCCGAGGCCUUCAAGGAGGGUCAGUCUAAGAGUCUCAUCACCGAAGCUCCCCAGGCAGAAACCACAAUCCCACCGACCUCAUCUGAUUCUCCUGCUCCAUCCAGCUCAACGGUUUCGGAUAUAGCCAGCUUUGAAGCCAUCAAAGCGAAGACGGAAUAACACAAUUGAAUAAAUUCAAAAUUUCUUCUAUAACAUCCUAAGUU